ACUUGCCCUUCAAGCUUCAAUUCAAUUCAAAUAUAUUCACCUGGGUGAGAAAGUGAGAACUACCCUUCUUUCUCUCUCCUCUCUCUCACUAAGAAGUGAAAGAUAAAGAAUAGAGAUGAAGAUGAGCAGUGCUAGCAUGGGAGGGUCCAAGAGGAGGAUUUCAAGCAGAGGACUUGGAGGGGUCCUAAAAGAGCAAAGGACUAGGCUCUACAUAAUAAGGAGAUGUGUGGUCAUGCUACUGUGCUGGCAUGAUUGAAUACUUUGAUGCCAUCGACAUCGGCAACGACGAUGACGAGAAAUUUUUUUUUUUUGGAGGGGAAAGUGUAUAUAGUAUCGACGGAUUUUGUUAGAGAGUUAACAAUUUUUUUGGUACCAAUUGGCCCCCUUGGGGAGUUGGGCUUGAUGUAAAUCGGAUAGUUUGAAUUAAACCUAUGGUUUGACAAAUUUGAAGUGUGUUAA